AUGUCCAAAAUUAUCAUUCUUCUUUUCCAUAUCCUUCUCUAUUCAGAAUUGAAGCCUUCAAAAGCCCAAACUUGGAUCAAAUCAGGUUACUGGUUCUCUGGCAUUGGGUCUCCCAUUUCAGACAUAAACUCAGCCUUCUUUACUCACCUUAUUUGCGCUUUUGCUGAUGUAAACUCUUCCUCCUACGAGCUCUCCGUAUCGUCCAGUGAUGCGCAAUACUUCUCCACCUUCACAAACACUGUUAGCCCAAAGAACCCAUCAGUCACCACUCCUUUCCAUUGUUGGCGGAAACGCAAACCAUACUACCCUUUCAUCAAUGCCAGGCUUUAUGGCUUUCAAUGCCUAGAACUUUGUUGGGUUUCGGCGAACACAAGCUCAUCCGACAUGACCAAUAUGGGAUUACUAUUUCAAGAUUGGCGUGCCGCUGUGAAUUCUGAGGCAAAAAACUCAAGCCAGAAAGAAUUGAUUUUGACUGCUGCUAUUCCAUACUCACCAAAUUCAGAUACAGUUUAUCUCCCUGUAUACUCAAUUCAGACUAACUUGAACUGGGUCCAUGUUAAUGCUUAUGACUACCAUGCGCCCGGAUGGUCAAACUAUACCGGUGCUCAUGCAGCCUUAUAUGAUCCAUCGGGUCAGGCUAACACGGAUGAUGGUAUUGGUGCAUGGAUUGGUAGAGGCUUGUCUACUAGCAAGUUGGUUUUGGCAUUGCCCUUCUACGGCUAUGCGUGGACACUAAAGAACCCCAAUGACAACGGAAUAGGUGCUCCAGCAACAGGUCCUGCUGCCAUUGCAAUUAAAGAUGAUGGAGUCAUGAGGUAUAAUCGAAUCAAGAGCUAUGCUCAGAGCAAUGGGGCUGCUAUAAUAGAGAAGAAGCUACUUGGUUACAUUGUGUGGCAAGUCCCAUUUGAUGAUAAUUGGGCACUUUCUUUCGCAGGUACGUACAGAAGAGAUGUUGCACUCUUGGGUGUGUUACCAAAUGGAAAAGAUAUAGCAAUGAAAAAACUUUCAAAAAUAUCUAUGCAAGGAUUUGAGGAGUUCAAGAAUGACGUUAUGCUUACCGCGAAACAACAACAUGUAAAUCUUGUGCGAGUUUUGGGAUUUUGCAUUGAAAGUGAUGAACAAAUGCUAAUUUACGAGUACAUGCCAAACAAAAGCUUGGACUUCUACCUCUUUGGUCUGAUAUCUUUCUUGCUUCCAAUUACAUUAUUUGAGAUAUGUUAA